AUGUUAGAGAUUUACAUCAUCGCCCAUCUUAUUUUUUCAGUGAUACAGUUUCUUGUAGGAAUUUUAGCAAACGGCAUCAUUGUGGUUGUGAGCGGCACAAACUUGAUCAAGCAGAGGAAGAUGGUGCCCUUCGACCUCCUCCUGUGCUGCCUGGCAGUGUUCAGGAUCUGUCUCCAGAUGGCCAUCACCUAUAUGAAUCUGGCUACUUUUUUCUUGGUUGAAUUCACUCUGGUUCCUGGGAAUUUUAUAAUUUUCAUGUAUGUACAUGAAUCAGAACUGUGGCUCGCCACAUGGCUCAGCGUUUUCUACUGUGCCAAGAUCGCCACCAUCGCUCACCCACUCUUCUUUUGGUUGAAGUUGAGGAUCUCCAAGUUGAUGCCAUGGCUGAUUUUGGGGUCCUUGCUAUAUACAGCUCUCAAUUCUAUCUUCCAAAGUAAAGAUAGAUGGAUUAUUUCCCAAAAUUUCUGGCUGAGCUUUUUCUCCGCAAAUGCAACCACUCAAAUCAAAGACAUAUCUGUGUUACAGUUUGCUCUCUUUGCCAUUGAGGCCUCAUUGCCCUUACUUAUCUUUGUCAUCUCUGCUCUUCUCGUGAUAUUUUCCCUGGGGAGGCACACCCAGCAGAUGAUGAACACAGCGACGGGCCCCAGGUACCCCCGCGUGAGUGUCCCCAUCAGCGCCCUCCUGUCCACCCUGUCCUUCCUGGUCCUCUAUCUCUCCCAGUACAUGAUGGUUGCUUUAGUCUUCUCUCAAAUUCUCAAGAUCCCAAACUUCAUCUUUCUGUUCUGCAUGUUGACGUUUAAUUCAUACCCUUCUGUACACUCUGUUAUCUUAAUUUUAGGAAAUCUUAAGCUGAAACAAAAUGCAAAGAAGUUCCUCCUUCACAGUAAAUGCUGUCAGUGAGAGAGAACUUUGAUCCAUCCAAGAAACCCACGGCUUUAUGAGUUAACAGUGCCUGUCCUGCCUCU